AUGGCAUCGACGAAACGAGUAUGUGGAAAGUGCAACAAAGGUGCAGGAACUGCGAUGUGCUACGGAUGUGAACAAGCCUUCUGCACGAAACAUUUCAUUGAACAUCGACAAGAACUCGCUCAACAAAUGGAAUACAUCGGACAAGAACAUGAUGUUUUACAACGUGAUUUGACUCAUGAUCAUAGUAAACACGCGCUCAUAACACGCAUCAAUCAGUGGGAGCAAGAAUCGAUAAUGAAAAUUCAAAUUGCCGCUCAAGCAGCGCGUACAACUCUUCAACAAUUGCUUAACCGACCGAAAAACAAUCUACAAACAUCGAUCAGCAAAGUCACCGAAGAACUCCAAUCCAGUCGCGAAUUGGAUGAUUAUACGGAAUUAGACAUCAAACGAUGGACAGGUCAAUUGCAAGAAUUUCGCAAAAUACUCGAUUGUCCCAUUCCUGUCCACCUUGAGUAUGAAAAAGAUUCUCGAUCAGCAAUACGUUUAUUGAAAAUAACUGAACCACAACCAAUAGACACUCAUUACCAAACAACACAAAUACAUUCUCCUCUGUCCGAUGGAAAUUUUGCCGAACGAUUCGAGGAUAUUUUUGGGAAGGUUACUUUAUCGGAGAACGAUCUCGUUGCUACUUGUUUCGGUGGCCAUGCAGAUCGAUCUUGUGUUGGUGGUAUCGGUCGCUAUUCAACUGGAGUACACUACACUCAUUUUCGUAUUGAACAAACUAGCACGCACUAUCAUUCAUUCUUCGGGAUCAUUAAUGCGUCAGAAAAAAUGACAUAUGACAUAUGGAAUUCGACCUCGUUCCAUGGUUGGUGGGAUUUAGAUUAUAAUGUCAUUAGUGGUAAGAGCAAUCGCCGUCUCUCACCUGAAACGAUUCGAAUGGGUGAUGAAGUUACUUUGAUGCUUGACUGUAUCAAUCGACGCAUGCAAUUAGAACAUCAUCGAACCAAUCGAACAGUGAAUAUGUCGAUCGAUCUUCAACUGUGUCCAUUCCCUUGGAAAAUCAUCGUUCUACUACUUGGAAAAGACGAUUGUGUGAGAAUACUUCAUUAG